CGUUCUAUCACAGUUCCACCGUUGAAACUCUCUCAUCAAAACUCCAUUGAAAGAGAAGAAGAACAAGAAGGAGAAGUAUAGAAGUUAUGGUGUUCUUCCCAGGGGUGCUCCUGAAGCUUGCAGACCGGCUCCUCUGCCAGCUUCUCCCCAACUACUGCCAUAGAGCUGCUAGGAAGUUCCGGAACUAUGGUGGCCUCUUCCUCAGGAACCCUCCUCCCAAGCCCCAGACUUUCCCUAGCAUCACGAAACUCGCACUUGAAGCGAGGUCCGACUGCCCCGAGUCUGCCACUCUGGUGUGUGACAUUGCUGGAGCCCUGCUUCGGUCUUGCUUGUUCUUCCCCUACUUCAUGCUGGUCGCUUUCGAGGCAGGCGGGAUCAUGAGGGCGUUGCUAUUAUUGCUGUCCUCCCCGAUCCUGCUUCUCUUGGAUUACAAAGCGAAGCUCCGGAUCAUGAUCUUUGUGACCUUCUGUGGGCUGCGGGUAAGGGACGUGGAGAGUGUGGCAAGGGCAGUCCUGCCCAAGUUCUAUCUUGAGGACCUCAACAAGCAGGCCUACGAUGUUUUGGCCUCGGCAAGAGGCAAAGUUGUAAUCACGAGCGUCCCUAGGGUGAUGGUUGAGGGGUUCCUGAAGGAGUUCCUGGGUGUUGAUAAGGUUAUUGGUACGGAGCUACACUCUACCGGGAAGUACUUCACGGGAUUGAUAUCUGCUCCCGGCCUGGUCUCCAAGCACCGAGCUCUGAAGGACUACUUCGGGGAGAGGAGGCCUGACAUUGGCCUUGGAAGCUCGAGAGACCUGAAUGAUUAUCUAUUCAUGUCCCUCUGCAAGGAAGCUUACUUGGUGAACAAGGAAGAGCAGAGCAAGAACAGCAAUGGAGCUGGUAGUUGUACCGUUCUUCCUAGGGAAAAAUACCCAAAGCCAUUGAUAUUCCAUGAUGGACGGCUAGCUUUCUUGCCCUCCCCUCUCUCGAUGCUAUCCAUGUUCAUGUUCCUUCCGCUCGGCCUAAUAUUGGCAAUCUUCCGGCUCUCCAUCGGAAUUUUCCUCCCUUACAAGCUAUCCAUUCUUCUCGCAGCUUUCAGUGGGCUAAAAAUCACGGCAAAGGGUUGCAAGAACGAGAUAAGGUCCGACAGUCCCGAGGGAGGAGGGAUCCUCUACGUGUGCACCCACCGAACUCUCCUUGACCCGGUGUUCCUCAGCACAUCAAUGGCCCAGUCCGUAACUGCAGUCACGUAUAGCCUGAGCACUGUGUCCGAGUUCAUCUCACCCAUCAGAACCGUGAGAUUAACAAGAGACAGGGCCCGAGAUGGCGAAACCAUGAAGAAGCUACUUAGUGAGGGAGACCUCGUGAUCUGCCCUGAGGGAACCACGUGCAGAGAGCCUUAUCUGCUAAGGUUCAGCUCCCUGUUCGCCGAGCUGGCACAUGAGAUCGUCCCAGUGGCAGUGAACACAGAAGUCAGCAUGUUCUAUGGGACGACUGCCCGUGGGCUCAAGUGUCUCGACCCGAUCUUCUUCCUCAUGAAUCCAAGACCUACUUACUAUGUCAAUGUCCUUGGGAAGGUUCCAAGGGAGCUGACCUGCGAGGGCGGGAGGUCAAGGCAUGAGGUUGCAAACGGAAUCCAGAAGCAGUUGGCCGAUGCCUUGGGAUUCGAGUGCACAGGUCUUACCAGGAGGGACAAGUACCUGAUGCUUGCUGGCAAUGAAGGAGUCGUUGAGGAGCCGAAGAAACGAGACUCAGCAAAUCGUAAAGAAUAGAUUCGUCUGUUAGUGACGACUGACAGGCACAACUAAUUACAAUUCGUAAUUCAUGGGGGGAAAAAAACAGCAGGGUCGAUGUAUCUUCUAUAUAUUCCAUUUCUUAUCAAUCGGUUUUAUUGAAUGAGAAUUAGUAUUCAAUUUUUCA